AUGUCAGUCGCAACGACGACAGUCAACAACACCCACACCCACCACUCCACAAUUACUCCUUUCCGCUCGAAUCUGACGGCGAGUUUUGAACCUGCCCCAAAGAUUGGCAUCCACGACAUAAGCCCGCAGGCAGUCGAGGCCAAAUACGCCGUCAGAGGGAAAAUCCCCAUCAUUGCAGACGGGUUACUGGAACUCAUCAAGAAGAACCCCGAGGACCACGGCUUGCCUUUCAACAAAAUCGUCAAUGCAAAUAUCGGGAACCCCCAGCAGUUGGACCAAAAGCCAUUGACGUGGUACAGACAGGUUAUGUCGAUCUUGCAGUAUCCGCCCUUGUUGGACCUGGCUGUUGAAUUUCCCCAGGACGUCAAGGAUAGAGCCCGGUUGAUAUUGGAGCAUAUUGGAUCCUUGGGUGCUUACUCGCACUCGCAAGGCGCCCCUUUCUUUAGACAAUCCAUUGCCAACUUUAUCACUCAAAGAGACGGCGGUAUCCGUGCAGCAAAUGCCAACAAUAUCUUCUUGACUUCUGGUGCCUCAACGGCAGUUUCCUACUUGUUGCAGCUCUUGUCCAAGGACGAGCACUCGGGUUUUUUGAUUCCCAUUCCCCAGUACCCGUUAUACACGGCAACAAUCGCCUUAAAUGACGCUAAACCCAUUGGUUACUACUUGGAUGAGUCUCAGCACUGGGCCACCAACCCGCAAGAGAUUCGUCACUUGAUCAAAGAGAACAAGGAAAAAGGUGUGAGCAUUAAAGCGCUCGUGGUGAUCAACCCGGGUAACCCAACUGGAGCCGUGUUGUCGCGCGACGACAUGGUAAAGUUGGUUGAUAUCUGUGCCGAGUAUGGUGUUGUUUUAAUUGCCGAUGAAGUUUACCAGGAAAAUGUUUUCGACGGCAAAGAGUUUAUAUCUUUUAAGCGCAUAUUGGGCGAACUUCUCAACGAAAAGCCGGAAUUGUACAAGAAUGUGCAAUUGGCCUCUUUGCACUCCACUUCAAAGGGUAUCAGUGGGGAAUGUGGCCAGCGUGGUGGAUACAUGGAGUUGGUUGGCUUCAGCGACGCUGUUAAGGACACAAUUUUCAAAUUGGCCUCGAUCAAUUUGUGUUCUGUCGUUUCUGGACAAGCCAUGGUUGAGUUGAUGAUAAACCCACCAAAGGAGGGCGACGAGUCCUACAAAUUGUACAAGGAGGAGACCACUGCCAUUUUUGAUGACUUGAAAUCGAGAGCCGAGUACCUUUACCAAGCUUUCCAAGAGAUGGAGGACAUUUCUGUCGAUAAACCACAAGGUGCAAUGUACCUUUUCCCCAGAUUGAACUUUGAACCCGCCUCAUACCACAAGCUCUUUUCCAGAGCCAAAAACUCAGACUUGCUCAUCGAUGACAUCUACUGCAUUGAGUUGCUAGAGUACACGGGCAUCUGCUGUGUUCCUGGAAACGGAUUUGGCCAGAAACCAGGCACGUUCCACUUGAGAACAACGUUUUUACCCCCGGGCAAGGAGUGGAUCGAGAGGUGGACCCAGUUUCAUGAAAAGUUUGUGACAAAAUAUAAAGAUAGCACAUUAUUUAUUUAA